GAAGCUCACACACUCGAGGUCGCCGCCGCACGUAAAAUCAAAACAACACCAGCUCUCAAACAACUACACAUCCAAACCAUCCACAAAUUCGGGAUAAAUUAUCCCCCUUUUACUUCGAAAUUCCCGUUAGUAGUAACUGUGGGAUAGUCGAAGGCACAUUGGAGACUCUUUAGAGUCACUUAGGUGGGAAAGAAGGGGAUUCUGCCAACCGAAACCGGAGAAAAAUGGAAGUGGACGCACAGCCAAGCGUGAAUUUCGUCGAACAAAAUGGAGACGUUUCAAGCGACGAGGCUGAGCCAAACGUGAAUUUCGUCGAACAAAAUGGAGACGUUUCAAGCGACGAGGCUGACACCAACAACAACACAUCGGGAGAGGGCGACGGUAUGAACGGCGGCCCAACCUCCGCUCUCGACGGCAGAAUCACCCGGAAGGCCAAGCGUAGACUUCGCAAAAGCCCUUCGAAGGAAUUACCACCCGUGGUAUUGAAUGGGCUUGUCACCGUCCCUCAGAAGGAGAAGAAUAUGCGAAAAUCUCGUGCUGGUCGGGGACGUGGACUCCCCAAAAAGGGUGGCGCUGGGGGCAAGGGCACAUGGGGUAAGCCAGACGAUGUCUAUGAAGAGAAUGACGCCGACUGCCAGGACGUUAAUGACCCCAACUAUGAUUCCGAUAUCCAGGCUGACAUUGCCCUGAAAGCUACCAGCCCCAAGUUGAAAGGCAAGGAGCUUUUGGACAUGGUUGAGCCAAUCAUUCAGGAAUACUUUGAGAAUGGAGAUACUGAUGAAGUCGCGGAGUGCUUGUCUCAACUGAACAUCGACACCAUGGACCGUCACGAAGUUGCCUCCAAUGCCCUAACUCUAGCCAUGGAGAGGAAGGCACCCGAGAAGGAAUUGACCUCGGUCCUGAUCUCUGACCUAUACGGGUUAAAGGUCGUGUCUGAGGCUGAACUGGAGGUGGCUUUUGAGCAGCUGCUUCACGGAUUGCCAGAUCUGACCCUUGACUCACCCGAUGCUCCAAUUGUACUGGGUCAGUUCAUUGCUCGUGCUAUUGCUGAUGACUGCCUUGCUCCAAGAUUCCUGCAGUCACUUAAGAAGAAGAUCAAGGAGGAACACAUCUUGUGUUUCCAGGCCUUGAACCGUGCCGAUCUGCUUCUGAAUAUGAAACAUGGCAUGCUGAAGCUAGACAAUGUCUGGGGUGUCGGAGGUGGCCGCAGACCAGUCAAGGUCCUCGUCAAGAAGGUGGUGCUCUUGAUUAAGGAGUUCCUUUCGUCCGGGGAUGCCAAGGAAGCCUUCCGCUGUCUCGUGGAACUAGACGUGCCUCACUUCCAUCACGAACUCGUCUAUGAGGCUGUGUACAUGGUUCUAGAGCGAUAUGAGUCAGUUGAAAGAGUGGCUCAAUCUAUCGCCGUGCUACUGAAAUACAUGUUUGAUCAUAACGUCGUCACAAUCGAUCAGAUGAACACGGGUUUCCGGCGUGUAUUUGCAAGCUUGCCUGACAUAGUGAUUGACGUCCCUCACGCCUUCACUAUCAUGGAGAGGUUUGCAGAUAUCUGUCGCCAGGAAGACAUCAUAUCAGCCCAACUGAGAGCUGAGGUGCCAACUAGAGUCCGCAAGCGUUUUGUGUCAGAGGGUGACGGUGGACGCCUCAAGGAGUAAGAACUAUUUGAACCCAGCGGCUGAACUGACACAUUCAAACUUAUGGUAAAACAAGACUUAACAUUUUAAGUAACAUUAUUAAUAACGUUUCGUACAUAUUCGUUGGCCUUUAGAUGGGCAUGUGGUAAUUAACACUAGAGGGCGAUAUACUCAAGGCUCUACUGGUUUUUUUUAUACUGUGAUUGGUGCAUAGGGUUGAAAAUCAAAACUAGAGGGCGUACAGAUGCAUGCAACGCGGCCUGACAGUUCUGCCUAUUGAGACAAUGUGCUGACUCGUAUUGCACUAGUCACCCAGCAGUUCAGGUCUGCACAGAAAACAUUUUCAAAGUGGACAUUUGUAUGCAGUUUACCCAUAAGAGAUUUGUGCCUAUGGCCGGUUAGCGGAGUUAUGUCGGUGGCGUAGCGGGUGCUCCCUCCAGUUCAGAAAAUUACAACUCUGAAUUGGCUGAAGAUGUGUGAGCAGUAUAGCGCCCUCUAGAGUUCAUACCACAUGGGUUUCUGUGUCAGUCAUGCCGGAAGAAUGUACAUUGUGUUGAUGUGAUGUGAAUAUUACCUGGCUAUAAUAUCUGCCCCCCCCCCCCUCCCCUCGAUUUUCAAAAUGGGGUUCUUGCUUUUGAAUAAAAGUGACAAGAAAAAAAAUGCAUGUGUUAUUAAGUAAAAAAAAGUUCUGAGAAAAGUAACUUUGGUUAAACUGUUUGCUAAAUUUAAAGGUUUAAGUUAGGAAUUUUGAGUAAACGUUACUGAAUUUAAAUUGUGUACAAAGUUUGAAGAGCAGUUGAUUUGAGGAGUUUUGGGGGUCAUUUAUUAAAGUACUUGACGGGUUGAGGGAGGAAGCAAAAUUAAUUUUUAAUUAAUCCAAAGUUACUUUGAAGUAAUUGUGAUCCUUUGUAAAAGUGACUUAGUCGAUCCUUUAAAAAUAAAUACUUAUUGAUCAUUUAAUGAUUUAAAAAUGAUAAUUUUAUUUUUCGUCCAAGUGGACAGGUUUUGCCCAUUGAGGGGCAGAAGCUGAGAGUUGUUUACGUUGUCGUUACAGGAGCAUAAACAAAAUUGUACAUUGUAUUACGAUAAAAAGUUCUAUUCAAAUAUUUUCUCUUUAGAAUUGUCUAUUUUGAUAAAAAGAUAUAAAAAUUGAUGCAAAAGAGGCAGCAUUUCGACACCUGUAGACUGGUGUUUGAUGCAACACCUGAGGAAAGAAUUAGGGGAGGAGCUAUUGAGUGAAAAAGGGGCAUAUGAAGGAAUUAUGCGAAAUCAUAGACUCAAACAGUUGGAAAACUCAUGGGUUAUCUUUUUGUUUUUAUAUAUAUGCAAAUGAGGUCAUAAAAAGUCAGCUGGAGAGGAGAUUACAGUCUCC